UCCUUCUUAUAAACUUAAAUUCAUUACCCCUUUUUUGCUCACUUUCAUAUAAUCUUUUGAAUAUAACUGAAAAAAAAAAAAAAUAGGAGAAAAAAAAAAAUGGAGAUAUUAUCAGUAUCAACAAACUUGUCCAGCUGGAGCAGAAGGAGAGGGUACGAGAAGCUAAACGGGUCGGGUCGGAGAAGAAGGAACCGGGUCGAAUAUGAGAGACGAAGAUUCUGGAAGAUAAAUCUGAAGCCGAGGCUGAAACUGAAACUGAAAUUGAAGCGAUUUUCGCCGAAGAAAUUGCUACUGAAUAUACGCGAUGCGUACAUGAACCUGAUGUUGAAGAUUGCUAAUUCGAGGUGUAUGAGCAGUGGGCUUAGUGGAUUUGGUGGGGAUUAUAAUGGAUUUGGGGUGAGGCAAUUGAAGGAGUAUGAUGAGAAAGUGCUUGUGGAGAUUUACAAGUCCAUGGUUAUAGCACAGGGACAAUUGGUUUCUCGUGAUCGUGCUCGUACUGGUGCUGCAAAAUUUGGCACCGAGAUUAUGUGCCAACAGUAAUUAAUCCCGACAAAAAAAGGGUACUUAUUAUCCAAUAAUCAAUAAAUAAAUUCUUCUGUUUGUUUCCAUAUGGUAAAACACUUUACUAUAAGGUGAUUUUAUUUUUAGAACUCGAAUAUGAAUAUCUAAGUAAGGAUAGCGGGAUAUUUAUCCAUGAUGAUAGAAUCAAUAAACUUUUUCUUUUUUCAGUUUUC